AUGGUAACCACUGACCUUUUAUUCUGCUUUAUUAUUGUCAUUGUGUCUUCAAUUAAAAUUGCAUAUACGCACAAGACCUGCAGACAUGGAGACAUCGACACGUGUAGGUGUGACCUUGUCAACGGUAGUGGUGUCAUCGACAUUUCUUUCGGUAAUCAGGAUGAAACUCCCCUAUACAAAGAUUUGAAAGGUCCGGACAACACAUACGCAUACAACCCAUGUUACGCAUUUUCGUCAGACGACGGUAUCACUGGACUUGCGGCACUUGGAAAUGAUGGAUAUGGUAAUUUUGGCGUUGGACAACAAAAAGGAGCUUCCUGGAACACCGACGAAAGUGGCUCCCUGUUUAUACUCUACUCCUCAGGAGACAAAUACUUCAAUUCAACUGUUAAUCUGUUCUGUGAUGACCAAAAAACUUCAAAUGAUGUCAUAGCACAAGGAACCGAUAAUACCUACACAAAUUAUGUGUUUGAUUUUUCGGGACCAGCUUUGUGUCCGAUUGUUGCGCCGGAAGAUAAUAAACUGAGCAUCGGAUCAAUCUCAUUAAUAUCGAUUUUGGCGAUAUUUUUUGUUUAUCUUGUCAGCGGAAUAAUAUACAAAAAGACGAGAACUGGUGUAACAGGCACUGACUUGAUUCCUAAUACAAACUUCUGGAGUUCCAUGCCCGGUCUGAUUAAGGAUGGCGCCAAGUUUUUAGUGAACAGAUGCAAAUAUCGACCGGAGGCGGACUACGACAAUAUAUAACAAAAUUUGUGCUUCCUAUGUUCCAUGUCUAAUAUAAUAUUUUUACCAUAUAUGAAGGAAUGUAUAUUUUAAGGUUCUGGAGUUCAACAAUUGUUACUAAAACUGCAAGUUGAUACCAAUUCUAUAUAUUAUAAUUAAAUAUUGGGUUACAAAUAUAUUUUUCUUGCGAAAUUUUAUUUUAAACCAGUUCAGAUUUUACUCAACUGAAUCGGAGUAAGAAUUAGCUACAACUGGUCAAAAAACAUCAACUUCAUUCAGCAGAGGACGCAGUGAUAUGGCAGACCACAUCAGGUGUCAGUAGGUUUACAAUACGUCCCGGUGUCCCGCGCCAUACAUUCAAAUGUUUUGGUAUGGCAGUCAUAAAUAUUUUUCAUUUAAUAUUGACGCAAUUUAUUUUUAACAGAGAUAUUUAUCAUUGACUUGCGGCUCACUCCAUUAGAUUCUAAUAUGGCGAACAAAAGUGCAAGUUUUUCCAAUAAGUUGAAUAUUACUAAGGCUCGAUUUGAAUCAAAGUUUGUACA